UUGAGCAUCGAGCGGCGCGCGACAGACGUGAAUCGGGAACGUCUUGAGGCGGGAUGUUUCCACUAAUGUCUUUAAAUAAUCUAUCCGCUAUCAGAUUUGAGGUUAACACGCCCAAAAUUUACGACCGAGAUAGCGAAAACCAGGAACUCAAGCGGAAUAGUUUAAGUUCAUGUUCAAAUUUAGUGACACUUGUAUUUUGUAAUGUGCGCGAUCCCGACGCUACACCAGUUAAAGCCGCAUGGACGCAUCAAAAGAUGACAAGGAAGCGAAGGCUGCGGUACCCGGAGCACCCCCUCCGCUGGCGGUGCCCCCUGGCGGACAAGUGGGGCACCAGUCGGAGCGGCGUUCCGCCAAACGAAUCAGCGUCCUCUCGGCGCCGGACAAGCUCCUCGAGCCGGGCAAGUCCUUCGGGAUCACCCUCUACGAGCUCAAGGUCCUCAUGGGGAACUACGGGCGGCGCAGCGUCAAGGCCCUCUACGAACUCGGAGGGAUCGAGGUUCUUUGCGCCCGCCUCCGCACUGACUCCGCUGAGGGACUUAAGGACACAGAGCAGCUGCUGAAGUUACGGAAGGAGUUCUUCGGAUCGAACCAACUCCCCACCGAGGAGCCGAUCCCGUUCAGGGUGUUCCUGCUGGAGGCCAUGAAGGACUACGUGCUCUACAUGCUCACCUUUGUGGCGGCCUUGUCUAUGGUCACGUUCAUAAUCAAGAGCUCCAUGGGUCACGCUGGACACGAGUGGGUCGACGGCCUCGCAAUCUUCUUCUGCGUCGUCGCAACCUCCCUCACCAAUGCCGUCAACGACUACUCCAGGCACCGCAAGUUCCGAUCCUUGAAAACCAGGCUAGUUCACGAUAAAGAGUUCUCUGUCGUGCGAAACGACUCGGCGCAGCAGAUCCCUGUCGAGGAGAUCCUGGUGGGCGACGUGUGUUUGCUGAAGGCCGGAGAUCGGAUCCCGGCGGACGGGGUUCUCAUCCAAGGGACCCACCUCACCAUCGACGAGUCGGCCAUGACAGGGAUCUCCGAUUCCGUCAAGAAGGACGAGAGAAGGGACGUCUUCCUGCUCUCUGGCACUCACGUCAUGAACGGCAUAGGCAGAAUGGUGGUGACAGGCGUGGGCGUGAACUCCCAGGCGGGGAUCCACCUGCUGGCAGAGUGGCACGAGGAGAACAUAUUCCGUCGGCACGUGGACGCGACGUCGCUGGCCCACCAGUCGUCCACGGUCUCGGACCACAUGUUCCCGGCGGAGCGGCCGAUGAACGAGAACCUGGACCACGACUCCUACCUCCAGAAGAAGCUCUCCCUGGUCGCCGUCAAGAUCAGCUACGUCGCCACCGCCCUCGCCGUAGUCGUCACCCUCAUCCUAAUCCUCCGCUUCACGGCCACGCAGUACUCCUUCAACGACGACCGAUUCGAGGUCGUCUCUUUCCUCGGAUACACCAUGCACUUCAUUUUCAUCGGGGUCUCAAUACUCCUGGUGGCCAUCCCGGAAGGCUUACCGAUGUCGAUAGCCAUCGGCCUGACGUACACGGUGAAGCAGAUGCUGAAAGACAACUGCUUGGUGCGGCACAUCAACGCCUGCGAGAAGAUGGGCAACGCCACCUCGAUCUGCUGCGACAAGACGGGAGUCCUCACCACGAAUCGCAUGGCCGUCGUCCAAGCCUUCAUUAGCCAGGUCCCGUGGCGGACCAUCCCCCAGUUCGAGCUUCUCCCCAAAACCGUCGGCGAGCUCAUCGUCGAGUCUAUCGCUUACAAUUGCUCUUACAUCUCAAAUGUAAUUCCCAGUGACAGGAUCGGAGCGUUGCCUAGCUACGUCGGGAACCGCACGGAGUGCGCCUUGCUGAGGUUCUCGCUGAACCUGGGGCAGGACUACCACUCCCUGCGGAAGAAGAUCCCGGAGGAAGACCUCGUCCACGUGUACCCGUUCGACUCGGAGCGGAAGAUGAUGAGCACUGUGAUCCAGACGGAGCGCGGCUACCGGGUCUUCACGAAGGGGGCUACAGAGGUGAUCCUGGCCAAGUGCAGCCGCUUCCACGCCGAGGACAGCGCCGUCAAGCCCAUGACCGAGAAGGACCUCAAGUCCUUUCUCUACAAAGUCAACAACCCCAUGGCCAACGACGGGUUGAGGACCAUCGCUAUCGCCUAUCGGGAUUUUCGGGAUAAGUACGAGUGCUGGGAGGAUGAGAAAGAGGUGGUGAAAGACAUGAUCCUGCUCUGCAUCCUGGGGAUCGAGGAUCCGAUCCGUCCGGAGGCCCCUGUGGCGAUCCGGCAGUGCCAGGAGGCGGGGGUGACGGUGCGGAUGCUGACCGGGGACAACAUCCACACGGCCCACGCCAUCGCGGUCAAGUGCGGGAUCCUGGAGAAGGACGACAACCACCUCGUCCUCGACAGCAAGACCUUCAACAAGCGGAUCCGCGGCGAGCAGGGGGUCAUCGACCAGCGGCUCAUGGACAAGAUCUGGCCCAAUCUCCGCGUCCUCGCCCGCUGCUCCUCCAAGGACAAGUACACCCUCGUCAAGGGCAUCCUCGAGAGCAACUUCAACAACAAGAGCGAGGUUGUUGCCGUCAUCGGCCGAGAAACAAGGGACGCUCUAGUGUUGAAACGAUCGGACAUCGGCUUCGGCCUCAACAUGACCGGCACGGACGUCACCAAAGAAUCCUGCGACAUAAUCCUCCUGGACGACAGUUUCGGCAGCAUCCUCAAAGCCCUCCUCUGGGGCAGGAACCUCUACGACAACUUCUGCAAAUUCCUCCAGUUCCAAGCCAUAAUCAGUCUCACCGCGGUCACGCUCACCGUUGCCUGCGCCUUCACCUUCAACAACAGCCCUUUCGCGACCAUCCAACUGGUCUACAUCAACGUCUCCAUGAACCUGAUCGCUUCCAUGGUCCUCGCCACCGAGAACCCGAACGAGGCCAUCAUCUACCGGCCGCCGUACGGGCGCAACUACCCGAUCAUAACCAAGAAGCUGCUUGUAAAUAUCCUAGGUCAUAGCAUGUAUCAAAUGUGUAUUCUCUUCGUCUUGGUAUAUUACGGCGAGCGGAUCUUUAAAGUGCCCAGCGGGAGACAGGACUCGGCUGGCGAUAUCAUCCCCACGCAACACUUUACGAUUGUAUUUAAUGUUUUCGCACUUUUCAACCUGUUUAAUUUGUUGAACUGCACGAAGAUUAAUAAUCAAAGGAAUAUUUUCAAGGGUUUCCUCGACAAUCAUUUCUUGGUUCUCGUGUGGGUGUCCUUGCUGAUCGUCCAAUUUUUGAUAGUGCAGUAUGGGCACGAUAUUUUUCUCACCAAGCGGCUGAAUUCGCAGCAAUGGCAGUGGUGUUUGGCCAUCGCUGCGUCCAUAUUCGUCUGGCACCAGAUUUUACUAACCAUUCAGUAUUACUAUAGGGAGCAAUUGAGGGAGGAGCUGGAUUACAGGGCGCCGGAGGUUGUUCUGGAGCAAGACAGGGGGAACUACCCCCGUGAGGAGAACAGGCCUAGAGAGAUGUGGUCCAACGCUAUCAAUGAGGCUAGAAUAAAGAUAAGAAUUGUAAAAAUGUGGAAGAAGCUGGUUGAUAAUAAGGAUGAAACGGAAGAUACACAAGUAUCUAAGGUUUGAUAUUCGAUUAUUUUCACGGAAAUUAUAUUGAGUAUUGAGUACGAUGCGAUUUUUAGGCUGAAAUAUUAAGAUCUCUCUCGAAAUCUCCUUGAGAAUGUUUAAGAAAAGUAAAGAAAUUUCCACGUGCUGAGGAGCUCUCUGCGAGCUCUCUAGUCACGGAAGUUUCAAGGAGUGUCUUGACAUUCUAGCAACUUCUCUCUAUUUCAAGGUGAUUUUUACAGCCAGCUGUUUAAAUUUGAUUGGGGCAAUAUAAAAUCUAUCACAUGAAUCUAUCCUGCCCCACCUUGAGUUUUUCUAGUUCUUUGUGGAAACCGUAACAACAUAAAUACACUGAUCAUAAGGGAAAAAAUCUUAACAUGAUCGUCGUUUUGUGGUAAUUUUAACCAUAUCUUUUGGAUGUGCGUUCUUUUUGCCCAAUCCUAAAUUAUAUUUCAUUGUAUCAUCAACCCGUAGUCUAUUUGACUGCUCUCAAUUGGCGAUAGGCUUUAAAAUCUGCUGAGAAGGCAAAUAAGAUUUGCAAAUUUCUGUAUACAUUUAAUUCGUCGAAAAUUAGAUAGUCAGAUUGGCGGGGUUGAGGUGUACGUAAGA